AUGCAGAAGCUCGUCAAGCGCACUGCGGAAGCGCAGCGGGCCGUCGCCCGCCGCACCGCCAAGAAGACCCUGAACGUCUAUCGCAGGAGCAAGCUUGAGCGCCGUUCCGAGCAAUCCCAAAAUGUCGAGGAGAUCGCCGGUGACUUGCGUGCCGCCCGUGUUGCUCGUGCGGAGGCCUGGGACCUCGGCCCCCUGACGCCCCGUCGCGAUGUCGACGGCAACUUCACCCACGGCGCCACCCUGUUGUCGAGGAACAGGCCACAGACAUCCUUCAAGGCGUGGGAGAUUGAGCAGAGGUGCGCCUGGGCUGGCGGCAGCAAGCUUCUGAAUAUUGUCAAGAACGAUCGCGUCGUUGUCAUGGAGGGCCCUGACAAGGGCAAGAUUGACCUGAUCAACCACAUCGACCUCAACAAUGGUGUCGUCGAGCUGAAGACUUUGGGCAAGAAACAAAGGCCCGCUAACACGGACAAGUUUCUCACCGUCGUGCCCGACGUCCACCGAAAAGUCGACCCCUCCCAGCCUCCCACCUCGACCGCCACGGGCACCCUCCCCAUCUCCGCCAUCCGCCUCGUCCACCCCCUGACAGACCCCGUCACCGGCAUCACCCGCGAUGUCAUCGUCCGCUCCCUGACCGCCGGCCCCGUCAAGCGCCACCGCGCCACGGGCUGGAAGGCCUGGACCCGCUACAUCACCGGCCUCAACGUCGCCGUGCCCUGGCCCGAGCGCGAGGGCGUCGAGCGCGUCGACCACCCCGCCGACACGCUGCUCGCCGCCGUCGAGGAGCCGACCUUUGUCCCCUCGCUCCUAGCCUGCCCGCUGCCCGAGACGCUCAUAGACGAGCUGCGCAACAAGUACUCCAAGUUCCGCGCCCGCCACGAGCUCGAAGACGUCCAGCGCAAGGAUGCCGAGGCCAGCAAGAAGAAGGCCGGCUUGCGCCUCCGCCGCCACCGUGAUGACGUCCGCUUCAGGAGUUGA